AUGAACGACCCAGAUUGGGUGAUCCAUGACUGUGAGACCUGUGCUGCCAUCAAACAGGCCAAGCUGGUGAAGCCCCUGUGGUAUGGUGGGCGGGGGUCCAAGUACAAGUAUGGGGAGGCCUGGCAGAUUGACCACAUCACCCUGCCCCAGACACGCCAAGGCAAGCGCUACGUGCUGACCAUGGUGGAAGCCACCACUGGAUGGCUGGAGACUUUCCCUGUACCUCAUGCCACUGCCCGGAACACCAUCUUAGGCCUGGAAAAGCAAAUCCUGUGGAGACAUGGCACCCCUGAGAGAAUUGAGUAUGACAACAGCACCCAUUUCAAGAACGGCCUUUUCAACACCUGGGCCAGAGAACAUGGUAUUGAAUGGAUAUAUCAUAUUGCCUAUUGUGCUCCAGCUGCUGGCAAAGUUGAACGGUGCAACGGACUCCUUAAGACUGCCCUGAAGGCACUUGGUGGGGGAACAUUUAGAAACUGGGAAAUGAACCUGGCAAAAGCAACCUGGAUGGUCAACACCCGAGGAUCCAUCAAUCGAGCUGGUGCUGCCCAGUCAGAACCCUUACACACAGUAGAUGGAGAUAAGGUCCCUGUGGUACAUAUAAAAGGUAUUUUAGGAAAAACUGUUUGGAUUAAUCCCACCUCAGGCAAGGACAAACCCAUCUGUGGGAUUGUUUUUGCUCAGGGACCUGGUUACACUUGGUGGGUAAUGCAGAAAGAUGAGGAAACACGUUGUGUACCACAGGGAAAACUGGUCUUAAGUGAGAACUGGGUGUAA